AUGGAUACCUCUUCGGUCCCUCUGCUCAACUACGGCCUGCAGUACCAGUGGUGCUCCGACUCGGACCUCUCUAGCAUCUCCUCCAUGGAGACCCUCUCCCCUGUGCCCUCCAUGGACUCCAGCCUCUCUCCUUCUUGCUACCAGCAGCUGCCACAGUCCACUCCCAAGGCGGCCAAGACCGGAUACCCCCAGACCCUCAAGUCCUCGCCCUGCUCCCUGUCCGGACGCGGCAGGAAGUCGGGCCGAGCCAGCCGGAUGCGCAGCAAGCAGAGGGAGAGCGCCAGUGAGAAGGAGAAGCUGAGGAUGCGGGAUCUGACCAAGGCUCUGCAUCACCUCCGGUCCUACCUCCCGCCCUCGGUGGCCCCCGCAGGGCAGACCCUGACCAAGAUAGAGACCCUCCGGCUCACCAUAAGCUACAUCUCGUACCUGUCGGCCCAGCUGGGCCUCAGCGAGGAGGCGCUCUUCCAGAGGAGGGAACAGGGAGACACCUCGGCCAGCGAGUCCUCCUCGCCCGACAUCCUCAGCUACUUCCAGCACGGCCCCGUGGGAGGACAGGAGGUCCCGCUGCAGGACCAGAGCUUGUACCAGACCCAGUGCCACAGCCAGGGCACCGUGCUGCAUUCUGGGAGCUGUGGAUUUGGAGCGGAUCAGUACAGCAUGCAGUACAUCAAAGCUCCAAUGGGAGACAUGAGCAUGGACGGCAUCCUGCAGUCCCCUCCGGCAACACAGCCGUGCUAUCAAAUGUGUGGCAAAGACUUCUGCAUGCCGUUGGUUCCCAGAGAGUAUUGGGGUUAA